CUUACGCGGCCAUCUUACUUCACGGCCUGAGCGGCUGGAGACAAAGAACGCCCGGCGGCGGGGUCUGGGCGCCGCCAUGUUGGUCCUGGGGGGCGGGUGCGGGGUGUGCUUGGGCUUCUGAGCAGCCGAGACUAGCAACAACGUCCGUUUUAGGGAGCCAGGGACCCUUACUCCUCCCCACCCUAAGCGAGCCUAACCCUCUGGCCUCAUAAAGGGUUUACUAAUCCGUUGUACGGCACAGGUUUAAACAUGGCUCCCCCCAGCACGAGGUAGACAGGCGGGCGUGGCCAUCAUCCCUCCUGGUAAAGUUCAGAAAACCCAGAAUCCUGCUCCCUGGAAAGUUGCCAGGGCGCGGCCACGGCCUCAGAGUCGCGACUGAGACUGCGCAACGGCCUCUUGGGAUGGGAAGAGCUUGUAUGGCGGUGAGGCGGCAUAAGACGGCGAUCGAUUUCGGGUUAUCGGCGCGGAUCCAGAAUAAAUGGGAAAGGUUCUUUCAGCAAAGGUGAUGACAUGUCCCUCUGUGACAGCAUACCAAGAGUGAGCCUGGCUUCUGGAAACCUAUUCUAAUCCCAUGACAGCUAGGAUAGAUGUGUCCUUGCCUCUGGUUAGAAAACAAAGAGUUUACUGAGUCCCUGCAGGUCUUUAUGUUGUUGGGUCCCACUACCUUGCUGGACAACAGGACUCUCCCCAGGGCCACAGGACAGCGGUCACAUCUAUAAAGACCCUGCUGGGCACUGCAAAAGAGGUUUCCUCUAGGGCCUCCCUGGUGGCGCAGGCGGUUGAGCACCGCACUGUGAAGCUGUCUGCAGCCUCUGUGGCGCAGGUUUGAUCCCGGCCUGCCAGCAAGAAUCCCACAUGGCGAAGCAGACUUCUCCUGUCUCGCCCGCUGCUCCCCUCAGCAGUGUAUUUCGUCAGUCUGCCUGUUCUGUUCCCCGCUCUGUCUCUGGUGAAUCCUCUCACCCUCCCGCACAUCUGACCUGUACCUCAGUACUUGUAUAAAAAUAAAUAAAUCUUUUAAAAAAAAAAAAAAAACUAGUUUCCUCUACUAAUCACUAUACUAACUUUCCUUAAAAGGAGAAAUGUACAUUCUUUCAGAGAAUCAGAAGGGCUUCUUCUAUCACUUCUUAUUCUGUUACUGCAGCUAUGGCCAAUGAUUCCUCAGUCUCUUCUGGUCUAUCUUCUUUGAUUCCAGAAUUUACUGACUGUGAGAAUAGAACAGUUGUGCUCUCUUCAAUAGCACAUAUGCUAAAAUUGGAAUGAUACAGCGAUUAGCUUGGCUUCUGCCCUAGGAUGACAUAAAGUUCGUGAAGUAUAGCAUAUAUUUUUUAAAGAUUUAUUUAUUUAGGGCCUCCCUGGUGGCGCAAGGGGUUAAGCACCGCACUAUGAAGCAAUCUGCAGCCUCUGCAGCACGAGUUCGAUCACCAGCCGGCCAGGGAGCAACCCACAUGGCACAGCAGACCUCUCCUGUCUUGCCUCCUGCUCCCCUCAGCAGUGUAUCUCAGUAGAUCUUCCUGUUCUGCUCCCCACUCUCUCUGGUGAAUCCUCUCACCCCCCACCGGUACUUCUGGCCUACACCCCAGUUAUUGUAUACAUAGAUAAAUAAAAAUAAAUCUUUCAAAAAAGUAAAAAGAAUUGGGCAGUCAUUGAUAGCUGUUGGAGAGAUUAUUCAUGAUCACGUAAAGAAACCUCAGGGGAGUAAUUUGUCAGGCCUGCUUUUACAGAAAAUGUAUGGACAGUCAAUGGUAUGGAUGUGACUAGACUCCGGAAAAUACUCUUCUCUGUCCCACAGGAAAGUGACACUUUCUUCUUUCUGCAAGGUAGAUAGAACUAGUUGUGUUUUAAAGGCUGUGUUCCUAGACUGUGUCCACGGGCCAAGCCUGGAAUCAGCUGCAGGCUUGACAAAGUUUGAGCUGCCCUCAGGGCCUCAGUUGCCAAUCAGGAGACAAGCACUUGUCACCCCUCAGUGGUGAGAUGGUUUCCUGCCGGGGAGAGAUUGGUUGGUUCUGGUCCUUAGGACGUGUCAUUUCUUGCCAUUUGCCUUUCUUUUCUUUUUCUCUUUUGCUGAAAUAUAAAAUACUUAGAAUAUACAAAUAAAAGUGCACAACUUGUUGAAUUUGCAAAUAUCCAGACACUCGUGUAAUCUCCAGUAGAUCGGCAUUUCCACCACCUGAGAAUCGAGUUAGGCAACUCUGGUCCAUGUGCUACACGUGGCUGACAUCGGUUUCUGUACUUAAGUUUUCCUGGAACACAGCCACACUCCUCUGUGUCCACAGGACUGUCUAUAGGUGAUUUUGUGCUACAACAGCAGAAAUGAGUAGUUAUGAGAAACAUCACUUGAGUCACAAAGCUUAAAACAGGGUCCCUUGCUGACCCUGUAAAGAUAGUUUGCCGACCCCGACUUUAGAAGCUUCCUUCCUGCCCAUCUCAGCGUGUCGAUCCUCUCCCCCAUUCUGACUCUCUCUGUGCGUCAGCAGCCGCCUCACACAUCAUUCACGUCACCUCUUUAUGCACCAUCCCCCUGGGCUUGAUUUACUCGUGUUUUGUUCACCAAGAGCGCCAGUCCACGGCUAACGGUGCCUUCUCAGAAGGACCCCGCCGUUAAGUGUCAUAUGACCGCAAGUCCUCGGAGCAUAAGUUAUUUAAGUUUUAGGAAUGUGCUGUUUAAUGACUUUCAGUUCUUUUUUGGUGGCAGCUUUUACUCCCUGGAAGGUCUGUUUUUGCAUCCACAGUCUUAGUUGAAUGACACCAUUACAGUGACUAUUACACCAUUACAGUCCUAUUACAGUGACUUAGAGCAUCGGUUUUUGUAUAAGAUUUACACCGGGAAUUUGCAAAUCCUGAGAAAGGCCUGGUCCCUCACAGCUCUGUUCUCUCUUCUCUGUCCUCUUCCCCUCAUCUCUGUCUUCACAGGUCUCAUCUUUUUUCAAGACCAGCCAGGAAUGAUGGAGUAUGAGCAGAGAGCCGUGUCGUUCAAGGAUGUAGUCGUAGACUUCACUCAGGAGGAGUGGCACAGGCUGAACCCUGCGCAGAGGGCCCUGUACCGAGAUGUGAUGCUAGAGACCUACAGCAACCUCGUCGCCGUGGGUUAUGAAGGCACCAAACCAUAUGUAAUCCUCAGACUGGAGCAGGAGGAAGCGCCGUGGAUUUGCGAAGCGGCAUGCUCAGGCUGCCACUGCCGGGAAAACACUUGGCAAGUGAACCCCCAGAAGAAAAGACAGCAAGACAUGCUUUUGAGGCAGAGCAUCAGCAAGAAAACGGUGCCCAAGGAAAGAAGCCACGAAUAUAGUAAGUUCGGGAAAAUACCACUUCUGAGCACUGACCUUUUUCCUUCAAUUCAAAACCCCAGUAACUGGGAUCCUUGUGGAAAAAGUAUGGACCAUCAUUUAGACUUGAUUUGUUUUAAGAGAAAUCACUCAAAAAAACAAACUGAAUGCUAUGGAUAUGGCAAACUGUUACAGCACACAAACCAUGACAGAAGACCUAGCGGAGAAAAACUCUGGGAAUGCAGACACUGUGAGAAAAAUUUCAGCAAUAACCCAGCACUUAUAUAUAAACCAGCAGUAGCCAGUUCUCUUGUAUACAAACGUAAGAGGGUUCCCCCUACAGAGAAACCCCAUGUCUGCAGCGAGUGUGGGAAAGCCUUCUGUUACAAGUCUGAGUUCAUCAGGCACCAACGAAGUCACACUGGGGAGAAGCCAUAUGGAUGCACUGACUGUGGGAAAGCUUUUUCCCAUAAAUCAACCCUCACUAAGCACCAGAGAAUUCACACCGGGGUUAGGCCCUUUGAGUGUUUUUUUUGUGGGAAAGCCUUCACCCAGAAGUCACACCGUAGAGAACACCAGAGAACACACACAGGAGAGAGACCCUUUGUGUGCAAUGAAUGUGGGAAGUCAUUUGGUGAGAAGACAUACCUCAAUUUGCAUAGAAAAAUACACACAGGAGAAAGACCCUAUCGCUGCAGAGAAUGUGGAAAGUCCUUCAGCCAGAAAUCAUGCCUCAAUAAACACUGGAGAACUCACACAGGAGAAAAGCCCUAUGGGUGCAAUGAAUGUGGCAAAGCUUUCUAUCAGAAGCCAAACCUCAGCAGACAUCAGAAAAUUCAUGCUAGGCAGAAUGCUUAUAGGAAUGAAAACCGACUAAUUGUGGGGAAACCUUGAACCCAACAUCCAGUUUCAGGGUGUAUGGAGGAAGUCAUUUCUUUGUAUGGGAGAAAUCUCACUGAUUUAAUGAUUUUAGGAAUAACAAAUUUGUUUUAUAAGGGAAAUCAUGCUCCAAUCGUGAUACAAAACUUUAUAGAAAAUACUUUGUAAAAUAUAAAAAUGGUUACUCUGGCUUAUAAACAUUUGAAAAUGUAUGAAAGGGAAUGGUAACAGUGCAAAAUAUAUGUGAAAAGAAUCAGAGGUAUAUUGUGGUAUGUCCCAUAGAGAGUCACAUAAUAAUCAUUAUUUAUAUUUUGGAAUUGUAAAUGUGAAUUUAAUAUAAAUUGUAUCAGCUGCGUAUGUCACACAGUAUGCAGAAUGUCAUUUCCCAAACAUUUCCAAUCUAAAUUUCACCACUAUAUUUUGGUGUCUGAACAUAAAAAAACAAUAAUAAUAGUAAUAUGGUGAACUAUUAAAAAGCUCAACAUACACCAGCUACAUUUUCUCCACCUUUUGUAAUACUUGUAAAAUACCUAUAACGAUUGUUAUUGGACCUGAAUCUGAAUAAAGCAAUUUUUUUAAUGUCUUUUAUUAAGUCAGCCAAAACUUUAAAUAUUUUCAAUGUUAAAAAAGGCACUUACUUCACUUUUAUAUAAGAUAA